UUGUAGGCUACGUACAAAUGUAUUUCUCCAGACGGACGGUAUAUGAAAACAGUCCCUGUGGAUAAGAGUGUCGAGUAAACUGCGUGGUAUUUCCGGUACACCCAUAAGUAAUUAUUAACGCCAAUAAAUGUCCACUCUUAAAUUGGUGAGAAGGUUGUAGGCUAGCUGUUUAUGCAGUUAUUUUUGUAUAUCGAGGCUCAGGAGUCAGGACCAAUCCUCUUAGCACCACGAAUAGCAUGAACGGUGUAAAUUUUGUAGUUUGCUACAAAUUAUUUCGCGAACUUCGCAGAACACCUCUAAUGGUCCUCCACCCCGCAAUUUUUUUUUCCUGUGUGUUGUACCGCCCAGAGUUAAUAAGAGAUCUAUAAACCCAUCGAAUGUACUUUCUAUUCCUCGGCUGUUAAUUGUUAGAAGACAAAGACCAGGAAAUCCAGCAGUUCACAAUUUACGCCCUGCGUUUUUUCACACAGACAGGGAAAUGGAGUCCAGCUGCAACCUAAACAUCACGGAGGCGGUGCAGAUACUGCAGAUGGGGAUCUCCAUUCCCAGCUUCGUCCUGGGGCUUCUGGGAAACGUGGCGGUGCUGGCGAUAUUCUGCUGCGGGCGCGGGGGCGGGCCCUGGAGCUACAUGAUGGUCUACAUCACCAACAUGGCCUUGGCGGACUGCACCGUCCUGUUCUUCCUGCCCUUCAAGAUGUACUCCUACCGGAAAAAGUGGCCGUUCUCGGCCCACUUCUGCGUGCUCCUAGUCUACGUCUACUACGUGAACAUGUACGUCAGCAUCUUCACCGCCACGGCCAUCAGCGUGGUGCGCUACGUGGGCAUCAAGUACCCCUUCCGGGCCAAGCAGGUCCUGUCCCCGCGCAAGGCGCUGGUGGUGUGCGUGCUCAUCUGGGUCGUGACCUGCUCCAUCGGCGCCGGGUUCUACAAGGUGGACGCCCCCCCGGAGGCUAACGGCACCCGCUUCAUGUGCUUCCAGAAGGUCCGCAGCAAGCCGCUGCCCCUGUCCUUCAUACUGGUGCUGGAGCUGCUGGGCUACUUCCUGCCGCUGGCCACCAUGACCUUCUGCUCGGCCCACAUCAUCCGCGUCCUGUCCAGGCCGACCGGCGGAAACGGCGGCGGCCGCGACGGCGGCUCCAGCGCGGAGAAGGCCCAGUGCGUCCGCAUCAUCGCGGCCAACCUGGCGGUCUUCGUGGUCUGCUUCACGCCGUUCCACCUGGGCUUCCUGCUGAAGCACGCGGUGGAGACGCACAGGCCGGGGGACUGCGGCCUGCUGGAGGGCGUUCACGGCUUCACGCACGUCUCCUUCAGCCUCGCCAGCGCCAACUGCUGCCUGGACGCCUUCACCUACUACUUCGCCACCAGGGACUCCUGGAGGAGGGUCUCCACGUGCUGUCGCCCCGUCGAGGGGAGUUCGGCGAACGCGAUCAUUUAACGGGACGAGAUCUUUCUCGCCGAGUCACGGCCGUUUUUUUUUGGCCGGACCGCACCAGUGGGGCGGGGCCAGCCCUACGAACGCAAAUGUCUGUGACUGAGUGAGUGACUGAGUGAGCGAGUGAUAAUGUUACGCCAUUGGUCGGCCGGAUCACGUGUGGUUAGGUCCGGCCACAUGCAAGGUUUUAACCUGGUCUUGUUCUCAAAAGCACACGAUGAAUCAUUUUAAAGUUGAUUAAGUACACUGUAAAGCAAACUAAGGUACAAAAACACCGCACACACAAAUAAAUGUAUUACUAUUGUCAAGAUGA